AUGAGACUCGUCGCCGCUGCCGCUGCUGUUGUGUCCGUCGGUGUGCACGCCGCCGACGUCGUCCUCCACCACCGCAUAUUCCACCCCUCAGUCCCAGAUUUGCCAUACCUAGAACGUGCAGUCAUCUCUGGAAAUCCACCUACCAUCCAGCUGUUGCCCGAAUUCUUGGCCAACCUAGACGCUUUCGCCGAGGCCCUCACACAACUGGGCGAAGACGCUGGCGACGUUCUGUACCAAGUAGCGCUGCAGCAUGAAGGCGACUCCUCUUCAGCGCUCUGGGACUUCUCCUCUGUCAAAGCUUGCCAUCUGAGUAAAGCGUCAGCAGAGACGAUACUCCUCCACCUCCCGAGUAGUUCAGACCUCAAACCCUUCGCUCUGGACUACUUUGUCUCUCCCAUACCCCACGACGGCUCAUGUCCUCAAACCAAAUCUGACAUCUCUCCAUUCAAGGCCUUUGCUGGACAGAUUAAGAACAUGAACACCACAAUUCUCUAUCGAAGACCAGAAGCACCACCUCUUAACGACACACCACUGCCCAGACCUGACCUUAGGACACCUCCACCUCUAACACCGGAGGGUGAGGUCGUAAAGCCCGUGCCAGAAAAGUCAUUCCUCCAGAAGUAUUGGAUGUACAUUGCCGCUUUCGCACUAGUCAUAUUGAUCGGCGGUGGCCCAGAAGACCCAGAGCAAUCACGCAGAGGUGGCGGUGGAGGAGGCGGUGGAGGACAGUAG